CUUUUUCAAAAUCAAAAUUAUGUUUGAAACUGUUUUUAUUUAUUAGAAUCUUAAAUUUUAUAUUCCAAAAACUUUACUACAUCUCUCAACUCUAAACUUUAAGUCUAAUUAGUUAAUCCUAAAGGUAUAGAUAUAUUUUAUCUUUCAUUACAACUGAGAAUAAAAGUGAUUAUUGUAAACAAGUAAAGUGGUACUAUGAAUGUGGUAUUGUGGCAAUUUUCCUAGAACUUUAAGGUGAAUUAAUUAGUAAACAAUAUAUUUAUUAAGAUACGUUUUUACUAAUUCCGUUAUGAAUUUGGAAUGUUUUUUAAUAGAAGUACUAAAUAUAAAGUGUGUUACAUAUAUAGUCAAGUCAAUGAAUUUAGUUUUAUGUGAUUAUUUUCUUACUAAUCUGCCCAUUCCUAAAUAGAGAGAGAUUAUCUCUUAUAUAUAAUCUGUUUACUGAUAAACAACCACCACCAAGUUCUAAAUAAAUCACAUACCUCUUUUUACCACAUUCAAGGCAAUGGCUUUCUCUUGCGUCACAAGAGACCUAAUUUCAGUUCUUGCCCUUCUUCUUCUAUCAUUUACCCCUUUCUCGUCAUCUUUUUCUCCGAGAGAUAAAGUCACAAUAGGAGUGCUUGCCCAACUCUGCGCAAAACCGCCAAUCUACGACCAUUUCUGCGCCGGUUGGCUAGCCCCUGAUCCAGAAACUUUCAACCUCGACAUAAGUGGUCUUGUCGACUUGGUCCUCCAAAAGACGCAGUUGUUUGCCUAUAAGAAUCUUGCCAUGAUGAAAGGCUUAGUGAGAACCACAAAUGAUCCGAGGCUCAAGGCCCCAUAUACGACCUGUGUGACAGGUUAUGAGUCAGCCAUUAAAGCCAUCGAGGGAGCUCAAACGUUUGCGACCUCUAAAUCGUACAAGCUAGCAUCUCAAGCAGCUUCUAAAUCCUUUGAUAGUAUAUCUUCUUGUGAAGCUGAUCUUAAAGGACAGCAAAAUGUGCCUGCUUAUGUUCCUCAACGCAAUUUGAUGUACGGAAGAAUGUGUACCGUUGAUUCAGUUUUCUCCAGCGUUUUAAGUUCUUGAUUCUUUUGCAUCUUUCAUUCACCUACAAGGUGGCAAUAAAAAAUAGACCUAUCAAAAUUCCAUUUACUAUCUGGUGUAAUAACAUACGUUUUUCUUUUGAUAUAUUUCUUGGAUUUCUAACUUAAAACCAAUUGGCAAUUAUUAGAUUGAUCUUAACUUUUUAUAUAUUAUUUA